AAGAGAAAGAAACAAGGUAGAAAAGUUUGAAUUAGAAAACGCGCAUUUUGUUUCUCAAAAAACUUUUUAACUUUUAAUCAAAACAUGUCUUUCUAUUGAUACCUAUAACAAAAAAGCUUUCCAAGAAACGAAAUACAUGUUUACUAAUCUGCUAAUUAUUCCAAAUUUUCCGACUUUGGAUUUUUUUUUUCUUCUACCGCCAAUAAAAAUAAACUGAGUUAUUCAUAAUUUAAAACCGGGACCAGGAACAUGUGAAAAUUUAUUACAAUGGAGAAAGUGUUGAUUUCCUUGUGAUAGCUGUAUUCAAUAGUGUUAGUGUUGCUAAAAUAACUCCUCUCUUACGUAAAUCCAGGCGUAUUUGAGACGAAACGUCGGUCGAAACGUAAACCGUAACCGGUUCCGGCAUUUACACGUUUUCCAGAAUCAAACAUGAAGGUUUGCGAACAAAAGUGGAUGUAACCUAUGCCAGUGCUGAGUUCAACAUCGUAGCGGCUAGCCUAGCUGCUAGGCUAGAUAUCUAGAUAUACGCAGUAGAUGGGAUUCUUGAAACACACGGACCUCAUUGGUCACGAGUGACACACCUCCCUGAAAUCAUAAUAUUCAACAUUUUUGAGAAAGAAAAUGCCGCACUACAGUGACAAAAAAGUUGGAGUAGUAGGAUGCCCCGUGCACCACGGACAGGCCAAACCCGGAACAGAGAAUGGUCCUAACGCUCUCCGAGAGGGAGGACUGAUUAAGAAACUGAUGGGGUUGGGACUGGACGUGCACGACUACGGGGACGUAGGAACCCCCAGUCACGAGGAUGACCACCACUUUGAUCUUCCGGUCAAGAAUCCCAAACAUGUCGCCACAGCCUCGGAAAAUAUUGCUGCUGAUGUGUAUGACGUAAUCAAAUCUGGAAGAGUCUGCCUCGCUUUGGGUGGUGACCACAGCAUGGCCAUCGGCUCCAUUUACGGACAUUCACUGGCGGAGCCAGACCACGUGGUGGUAUGGGUUGAUGCUCACGCAGACAUAAAUACCCCAUUGACGUCAUCUUCCGGAAACAUGCAUGGAAUGCCCUUGUCGUUCUUAGUGAAAGAAUUGCAACCUUACAUUACUAAGCUCCCUGGAUUCGAAUUCAUCACUCCAUGCUUGUCUGCAAAGAAUAUCGCCUACAUUGGACUUCGUGACGUGGACCCCGGAGAAAGAUUUAUCAUCGAGAAGCUUGGAAUCCACUCGUUCUCAAUGUCAGAAGUGGACAGACACGGAAUCAAAGAUGUAGUGGAGAAGGCUCUUCAUUAUCUGGACCCAGAGGGAGUUAAGCCCAUUCAUCUGAGUUUUGACAUCGACGCAUUGGAUCCCUCCUUGGCCCCCAGUACCGGAACUCCCGUCCCAGGGGGCCUCUCCAUCCGAGAAGGAAACUACAUCUGUGAAGAGCUCGCCGCCACUGGUCGAUUAUCAUGCGUGGAUUUGGCGGAAGUUAACCCAAGUCUUGGAAAUGAUCGUGAAAACCAGAUCACAGUCAAUUCUGCGCUUCAAAUCAUGACGCAUUGCUUUGGUGGUCGUCGCCAAGGUGUUUACCCGAAAAAUUACGAAAUUCCUAUCCCGAUCCCUGCAAAUAUCGUGGCCUCACCUCCUUCAUAAGAAAAUUGUGAAGGGGAUCUGGGUGUAAAAUAAGUUAGCAUAAUAUUGGGAAAUGAAUUGUAUGGGUGAUUUAAUGUAUGUGUGUGUGUGGGGAGAUAGAUACUAUUACAGAGAGAGAGAGAGAGAGAGAGAGAGAGAGAGAGAGAGAGAGAGAUUUAGCUUUGUCUUCCAGACUAUUACAUGUAUUUAUACACAAUGUAGAAUGUAUAUAUUACUAGAUGAAAUGUAUUCAUCAACAUUGGACCAACUAUUUUAAUUUCAUAAACAUAUCGCAUAUAAUCAUCAACAUUGUGACCAAUUUCAUUUAACAUCUAUCAUUCUAAUGUUUAACCACUCUCCCGUGGUUGUUAAUUAAUCAUGUUUUGCUUGUUAACGUUUUUUUUUUUUUUUUUACAAAAUUAAAUUAGCGAAAUAUGUGCUAUUGAUUCUUUUAGAUUGUUGAAUAAAAAACUGCAUCUC